GGGGAAAUCUAGCCCGGGGAUUUCAUGAGGCCUAGCUUGGUUCCGCCUCCUCCCGCCGUGGCCCCGGCGGCUGCCCGCGCCCCAGCCCCACUCCGGGCCUCCGUGUCUCUCCUGUGAUCCUACUGACACGGCCGGGGGGUUAGAAUGGAACAAACUGAAGGCCCGAUGAGAGAAAGGGAAAGUUAAGGAUGCUGGAGCAGAACAAUGGAUUUCUCUUUCUCUUUCAUGCAAGGGAUCAUGGGAAACACAAUUCAGCAACCACCUCAACUCAUUGACUCCGCCAACAUCCGCCAGGAGGAUGCCUUUGAUAACAACAGUGACAUUGUUGAAGAUGGUGGCCAGACACCAUAUGAAGCUACCUUGCAGCAAGGCUUUCAGUACCCACCCACAACAGAAGAUCUCCCUCCACUCACGAAUGGCUACCCACCGUCCAUCAGCAUGUACGAAACUCAAACCAAAUACCAGCCGUAUAACCAGUAUCCCAACGGGUCUGCCAACGGCUUUGGUGCAGUUAGAAACUUUAGCCCCACUGACUAUUACCAUUCAGAAAUUCCAAACACACGACCCCAUGAAGUUCUGGAAAAGCCUUCUCCUCCACAGCCACCACCACCUCCACCUUCGGUACCACAGACUGUGAUUCCAAAGAAGACUGGCUCACCUGAAAUUAAACUAAAAAUAACCAAAACUAUCCAGAAUGGCAGGGAAUUGUUCGAGUCUUCCCUUUGUGGAGACCUUUUAAAUGAAGUCCAGGCAAGUGAGCACACAAAGUCAAAGCAUGAAAGCAGAAAAGAAAAGAGGAAAAAGAGCAACAAGCAUGACUCAUCUAGAUCUGAAGAGCGCAAGUCACACAAAAUCCCCAAAUUAGAACCAGAAGAACAAAAUAGACCAAAUGAGAGGGUUGACCCUGUAUCAGAAAAGCCAAGAGAAGACCCAGUGCUGAAAGAGGAGCCCCCGGUUCAGCCGAUGUUACCCUCUGUUCCAACAGCAGAGGCGUCCGCCGGUGUGAAAUUCCAGGUCGGCGAUCUUGUUUGGUCUAAGGUGGGAACCUAUCCUUGGUGGCCUUGUAUGGUGUCCAGUGACCCCCAACUUGAGGUGCACACCAAAAUUAACACAAGAGGUGCCCGGGAGUAUCACGUCCAGUUUUUUAGCAACCAGCCAGAGAGGGCGUGGGUUCAUGAGAAGCGGGUCCGAGAGUAUAAAGGCCACAAACAGUAUGAGGAACUACUGGCUGAAGCGACCAGACAAGCCAGCAAUCACUCUGAAAAGCAGAAGAUUCGGAAACCGCGGCCUCAGAGAGAACGGGCCCAGUGGGACAUCGGCAUUGCCCACGCAGAGAAGGCGCUGACCAUGACCCGGGAGGAGAGGAGAGAACAGUAUACUUUCAUUUAUAUCGAUAAACAGCCCGAGGAGACUUUAUCCCAAGCAAAAAAGAACGUUGCCUCCAAAGCCGAAGUGAAAAAGCCCCGAAGACCGAGGUCCGUGCUCAAUGCACAGCCAGAACAGACCAACGCCAGCGAGGCGGCCUCCUCGCCCUCAGGUACUGAAAUGCGGAGACACAGCCAGCGGCGGCACACUGGUGUGGACGAGGACGACCCCCCUCCCGUGAAAGUGGCCUGGAAAACGGCGGCAGCGAGGAAAUCCCUACCAGCGUCCAUCACCAUGCACAAAGGGAGCCUGGACUUGCAGAAGUGUAACAUGUCUCCCGUGGUGAAAAUUGAACAAGUGUUUGCUCUGCAGAAUGCUACAGGAGAUGGGAAAUUUAUCGAUCAGUUUGUUUAUUCGACGAAGGGAAUUGGUAACAAAACAGAAAUAAGUGUCAGGGGACAAGACAGACUUAUAAUUUCUACACCAAACCAGAGGAAUGAAAAGGCAACUCAGAAUGUGUCGUCUCCUGAAGCAACAACUGGUUCUGCAGGCUCAGUAGAAAAGAAGCAGCAGAGAAGAUCAAUUAGAACUCGUUCUGAAUCAGAGAAAUCCACUGAGGUUGUGCCAAAGAAGAAGAUCAAAAAGGAGCAGGUUGAAACAGUUCCUCAGGCUACAGUGAAGACUGGAUUACAAAAAGGUGCCAGCGAGAUUUCAGAUUCCUGUAAACCUCUAAAGAAAAGGAGCCGCGCCUCAACCGACGUAGAAAUGGCUGGUUCCACAUACAGAGACACGUCUGACUCCGAUUCCAGAGGGCUGAGUGACCUGCAGGCAGGCUUUGGAAAGCAAGUCGACAGCCCUUCAGCUGCUGCAGAGGCAGACGUUUCUGAUGUGCAGUCUGUGGAUUCAAGUCUAUCACGAAGAGGCACUGGAAUGAGCAAGAAGGACACUGUGUGUCAGAUCUGUGAAAGCUCUGGCGACUCUCUGAUUCCCUGUGAGGGAGAGUGCUGCAAACACUUCCACCUGGAGUGCCUGGGCUUGUCAUCACCCCCCGAUGGAAAGUUCAUCUGUGUUGAGUGUAAAACUGGCCAGCACCCGUGUUUUUCAUGUAAAGUGUCUGGUACGGAUGUGAAGCGUUGCUCUGUCAGCGCUUGUGGGAAAUUUUACCAUGAAGCCUGUGUCCGCAAAUUCCCCACUGCCAUCUUUGAAUCAAAAGGCUUCCGCUGUCCCCAGCACUGCUGUUCUGCCUGCUCCAUGGAGAAAGAUAUCCACAAAGCAAGUAAAGGUCGCAUGGUGAGAUGUCUGCGGUGCCCAGUUGCCUACCACUCCGUAGAUGCUUGCAUUGCCGCCGGCAGCACCCUCGUGUCUUCCUGCGUUCUCAUCUGCAGUAAUCAUUCCACACGGAGCAGUAGCUCUUCCUCUGCUGUAAAUGUAGGCUUUUGUUUCGUUUGCGCCAGAGGGCUGAUAGUGCAGGACCAUUCAGACCCCAUGUUCAGUUCCUAUGCCUAUAAGUCCCACUACCUACUGAAUGAAUCAAAUCGUGCAGAGUUGAUGAAAUUACCUAUGAUUCCUUCUUCGUCAGCUUCCAAAAAGAAAUGUGAGAAAGGUGGGCGACUGCUCUGCUGCGAGUCCUGUCCAGCCUCCUUCCACCCGGAGUGCCUGAGCAUAGAGACGCCCGAAGGCUGCUGGAACUGCAAUGAUUGCAAGGCUGGCAAGAAGCUGCAUUACAAGCAGAUUGUUUGGGCCAAAUUGGGAAAUUACAGAUGGUGGCCGGCUGAGAUCUGCAAUCCCCGGUCUGUGCCGCUCAACAUCCAGGGCCUCAAGCACGACCUGGGCGACUUCCCCGUGUUCUUCUUCGGCUCUCACGACUACUACUGGGUCCACCAGGGCAGAGUGUUCCCUUACGUUGAAGGAGACAAAAGCUUUGCUGAUGGACAGACCAGUAUUAACAAGACCUUCAAAAAAGCAUUGGAAGAAGCUGCAAAACGUUUCCAAGAAUUAAAAGCACAAAGAGAAAGUAAAGAAGCACUGGAGAUUGAAAAAAACUCAAGAAAACCCCCUCCAUACAAACACAUCAAAGCCAACAAAGUGAUAGGAAAGGUGCAGAUCCAGGUGGCGGACCUGUCGGAGAUCCCCCGCUGCAACUGCAAGCCGGCCGACGAGAACCCAUGCGGCCUGGAGUCCGAGUGCCUGAACCGGAUGCUGCAGUACGAGUGUCAUCCGCAGGUGUGCCCGGCGGGCGAGCGCUGCCAGAACCAGUGCUUCACCAAGAGGCUCUACCCGGACGCCGAGGUCAUCCGGACCGAGCGCAGGGGCUGGGGCCUCAGGACCAAGAGGAGCAUCAAGAAGGGUGAAUUUGUGAAUGAAUAUGUUGGCGAAUUAAUUGAUGAGGAAGAAUGCAGAUUGCGAAUCAAGCGAGCCCACGAGAACAGUGUAACUAAUUUUUAUAUGUUAACUGUUACCAAGGACCGUAUCAUUGAUGCUGGCCCGAAGGGAAAUUAUUCUCGCUUUAUGAACCACAGUUGUAAUCCGAACUGUGAAACCCAAAAGUGGACCGUGAAUGGAGAUGUUCGCGUUGGGCUUUUUGCUCUUUGUGACAUUCCUGCAGGGAUGGAGCUAACAUUUAAUUACAACCUGGACUGUCUGGGCAACGGCAGGACGGAGUGCCACUGCGGGGCAGACAACUGCAGCGGCUUCCUGGGCGUGCGGCCCAAGUCGGCAUGUGCCUCCACAGCUGAAGAAAAGGCCAAAAAUGCUAAGUUAAAGCCGAAGCGACGAAAAAUCAGAACCGAGCCCAAGCAGCUGCACGAGGACGUCUGUUUCCAGUGUGGGGACGGCGGGGAGCUGGUCAUGUGCGACAGGAAGGACUGCCCCAAGGCCUACCACCUGCUCUGCCUUAACCUGCCUCAGCCGCCCUACGGAAAGUGGGAGUGCCCCUGGCACCAGUGUGAUGAGUGCAGCGCUGCGGCCGUCGCCUUCUGCGAGUUCUGCCCCCGGUCCUUCUGUAAAGAUCACGAGAAGGGGGCGCUGGUGCCCUCUGCCCUGGAAGGCCGGCUCUGCUGCUCGGAGCACGACCCUGCGUCCCCAGUGUCCCCCGAGUACUGGAGCAAGAUCAAGUGUAAACUGGAAUCACAGGAUCACGGAGAAGAAGUCAAAGAGUAAACGGGCGGGGAAAAUGUCCUUCUUUUUAUUUAAAGGGAAAAAAAGGAGAAGAAAAAAGUAGAGGACGCAUCAGUGCAAGAAGAGACCGCUGCGAUGCAGGCAGCCUUGGCCAGCAGCGCCGCCUCGCGAAAGCAGGAGCAGGGAGCCGGUCCGCAGGCCGAAGCCGGUCAUGGGCUCUGCUGUUUUCAGUUCUGUCGGUUUGGGAAUUCCUUUGUGGAGGGUUAGAUUCACUUGGUCUUUUCUUGCCCUUUUACUGUGCUCCAGAGCCUUUGCAGCUGGGAAAAAAAAGAGCUGUCUUUGCUUUUUAAAAUAAGAACAGAGAGAAAAGAAAGUUUUUUGUUAAUGAGAUAAAUUUAAAGUCUAGGAUGUGUUCCUUGGGUGUACAAAAAAAAAGUAGCCCUCAUUCCUUUAUUUAUUUUCAUUUUUUAAGAUUCUGAGACGCAUAGUUCAGAUAGUCUGAUCAGUGUAUGUGUAUACAUGUGUGUUUUAAGUAGGAAUUGCAGAAAGCCCUCUAGAGAAGGGUCUGGCGGUGUCACAGGCCCCUCUCCCGGGCGGGAGGGCGGCUGGCUUUGCUUUCCCUUCCAGGUGUCUCUCAUGGUCUUAGAGAUGGCUCUGUGGGAGGACUGCACCUGGCCUCCUGAAAACAAAAGCCCUCAGUGGAUAUUACGUCUAUGGUCUCACACUCGGCGGGCUUUCUGAUGUGACUUUACCUAGAAAGGUAUGUGAUGUGGUUGCUGGUUUUUCCUUCUGGAGGAAACUGGAAGCGGAUGGUCUCACCGAGUCUGAAAUGUUCUCCGAUGAUAAUGGGUGUUUUGGUGAAGUGCAUUUAUGUGGUAUGUGAAUUCAGGGUUCGAAUGGACAUUCCUGUUAUCCUGGGGCACUGGUAAAGGCAGCUAAAGGCAGAUGAAGGGCACGGACCAAAAGUCGGGUCAGAGGAGCACCCUUGUCUGUCCAGUGUGCUGUGGACCCUGGUCUGACUUGGAGAGAAUGUUGGGUGUUUUAUUUUCCGUCUCCCAGUCAAACAUCCCCUUUAUCAACUGACCACUCAGUUUCUUGAUGGAAACUACACAAAUGAAUUUGAAUUCGUGUGAUUUGAGUAGCUCUUUUUGUUUAACUCUGCAUUUGAGGGCAAAAGGGGUCGGGGCAUUCCCCAAGUGACUUGUAAAUUAUCCAGUCCUUAGACUUGCCCCCACCGGGGAAGGGAGGCACUUGUACAGGGUAGGUAAGGCCACAUAAACACACUUCAUCGCAGGAAGCACUUAGGGAGAGCUCCCGAGAAAGCAGUAUUGGCAAGAAUAGACGCUCGUGAAGCGGACUGUCUGCCCACACAACGCCCUUGCUUGUAACGCUUAGGAAUAUGUGUACUCCAGGAUUCCCUGUAUGGAUCCAUUAGUCCUGUCAGACCUUGUUGUAACACUGUGCUAAGUAGAAGUCUAGGGUUAGCUUGAAUGAACGUUAAUUUUCUCUGUGAAUUUUGACUGCUUACAAUUGCCUGUACCUGGCAGCAUUUACUUUCCCUCCCGAAGUGCCCAGUGACCUUACAAAGGCUGGGAAGAUGACGCUCCACAGCAUCUCUUCGGUUGUGCUGUGUCCCCCCUUUUUUCUUAUCAGUUUAGAGCUCUUCUCUAGAAAAAAGAAAAAAAAAUCUGUUUCGUGCCUCUUUUUUUUUUGUAUGUAUAUGUGCAAUUAUACUGGAUUUUUUUUGUUUAAAAAAACAAAAACAAAACAAAAAAACAAACACUACAAUUCCUUUACUUAAGCUCCUAAACUGCCAUUUGCGUGAUUCCAGCAAAUAAUUUUGAGGUAACUUAUUGAGCCUCCAGUAAUUCUAUUGAUUAGAUACGGUCUCAAAAGAAAGAGCAAGAUAGAAGAUGCUACAUGUGUUACCAAAUGCGACUGCCGCCAGUCACAUGAAUUACAGCUCACCAAAACACUAAACUUUGCUCUUGAGCAACUAUAGAGUUUGAUGUCCUUUUAAAAAAAAAAUAACUUAAGAAAAUCUAUGUUUUAUCAUACUAAAACUUUAUUUUAUAUAUGUAUAUGAUAAACAUUUGCUUUUCUAAACUUACUAACAUGAAGGAUUUCCUUUAAUAUUUGAACUGUAACUCGCGUUGAAUCAGUAUCCAACAUGAAGUCUUCUUGCUUUGUUUUGGACUUAGUGCUAUUUAAUAUCUGACUUUUAUAUGGUAAGCCAGGGUAUAUCCUGUAUACUACAAAUACCUUAGGUUUAAGUAUUUUUAUGCAGCUUCUGCAUUGUGUCACAUUUUGUUUGUGUAUCUGUAACAGAGCUCCACUGAGAGUUUUCUGAUUUGGGGUGGGGGACAACAGGGUGGGCAGGUGGGGCGGGAGGGGGUGGCUAGCGGGACUGUUCUGCCAUUUCAGAAAUCAGGGUGGAAAGCAAAAUUGCUGACUGCAGCUCUGGAGUCCCUGUCCGGGAAUGUCCUCUAACAGUCUCAGAAGUGGUUUUAGUCCUGUCAGGGCCAAGGAGCUCUACUCACUCCUGCUGGCGUCACAGGUUCACGUAUUUUAAAGGUGCAGGCUGUGGAGGCAGCGAAAGAGCGAGGCGUGCUUUCUGUGUGAAGUAUCCACCCAUGCAGUGUGCUUGCUUACGGUUCGCCAUGAGAUGCUGCCACAGACACGCUGCUUACUCGCAGCCGGAAGUUGUUAUUUGAUUUGCCAACUGUGAAAUCUAGGUGUAGUCAGACCGCAAAUGGCUGGUUUUUAAUUCUUAUCUGAAAAUGAAAUAACAUCAAGCAGCAUGGGAUAACGGUGGUAAUUUUUUUGAACCUUAUGUUGGUUCAGAGAAAAAGUGAAUGUUAAUGUUUUUGAUAAUCGGCAGAACGCUUCAGAAACUGGGUCUGUAACAACUAGAGGUGAGAUUCCAGACCUUCCAGGCCCUGGUGGGAGUCGGGAGCUGCCUGUCGCUUUUGGGGGGGCGGGGGGUAGGGGGGCUGCAUUCCUGGAAGACGGAAGCAGCUGGAGGAAGUGAGUCACUUCUUGACUGUCUAAUCAGGGCUACAGUUAGGAGUGAGGUGGGUUUUAUUUUCAUUUCUCUUUUUAACAAGUUCCCACCCUAUCCUAAUUCUCAAAAAAGCUCUGGCCUAAGCUAUAAAAUAGGCUGACUUUUAGAAUCAUUGAAACUUGGAGAUUUCUAUGUGUUCAAGUCAGGAACACAUCUAAAGACUAAAAAAAUAAAAUAGGGAAGGGGGAAGGCUGCUCCCUGCUGCCAUUUCCACAGAGUAUUAGGAAGCAGGUCUGGGAAGAAUGCUGUGACGCCCACAACCUCGAGAUAAUCAGGUCAAGGACCCUCAGACAGGGCGGCUGUCAGACAACUUUCUUUCCUGAUCGUGAAGCAGAGUUUCCUUACUUCAUAGUAGCUUGUUGCGUGGUGUGUUUGGGCAGGGUCCAGCCCAGAUCUGCAGUUUGGAAGGAAGCAGGCGGGCCAGCCGUGUAGAACACAGGCUCUGGACUCCCAGGGAUUUGUUGCUUGUCUCUCAUUUCAUUUUAAAACAGAAAGCUCUUCUUUAGCAUUCACCUUAAAGUUAAGAUGCUCCCGCACACCAUGUCCCAUUAGGAUGAGAAAAUUCGUCUCCGUGGCGUGCUGACAGCUUGGGAAGCGCACACCAGUUGUUCUUCUGCAGAAGGGACAGCAUGAAGGGACAGGGGAAGUUGCUCGAUUGACGAGCAGUGCAAAUUAGACUUGAAUUACUUCUUAAAAAGCUGGUGUGUCUAAAUCCCUCGGGUCGGAGCUGGAGCUGUAGCUGCAGCUGCAGUGAUCACAUGAAGUGAUCACUCGGAACAACUUCCUUUGGCCUCAGGCCACCUAGACUUGGGCUUCCCUGAUAGCUCAGCUGGUGAAGAAUCCACCUCCAGUGUAGGAGACCCUGGUCUGAUUCCUGGGUUGGGGAGAUCCCCUGGAGAAGGGAUAGGCUACCUACCCACUCCAGUAUUCUUGGGCUUCCCUGGUGGCUUAGAUGGUAAAGAAUCCGCCUGCAGUGGGGGAGACCUGGUUUCGAUCCCUGGGUUGGGAAGAUCCCCUGGAGAAGGGAAAGGCUACCCACUCCAGUAUUCUGGCCUGGAGAAUUCCAUGGACUGUAUAGUCCAUGGGGUCACAAAGAGUUGGACACGACUGAGCGACUUUCGCCUUCUUUCUUUGACCUAGACUUGGUCUCUGGUUAUUUGUAAACAAAGAGAGUGGAACUCACUUCCAUUUCCAGAUAGGCUCGGGAAUAGACUUAAUUAGAUAGCUUUGCCAUGUACUGACAUAUAUGAAAGAGUUGGAAAUUUGUAUAUACUGAAAUCUACCAAUGUUUAUCUGGGGUGGGGUACUGGGAGAAAUGGGGUUACAGUGGGGUGAGGGAGGGGAAUUAUAAUGUUUACCACAGGUACGAAGUAGUCACUUUAACAUUGAGACCUCUGCCUCAUUGAAUUCAGGUUUUUUUAAGUACUUGAAACUCCUCAGAUUCUCCUUGUUUUACAGUUAUUUUUAAAUUUAUGAAGUAGAAAGCAUUGUUUUGUACACUGUUUUGUCUCUUACCCUCUUGAACUUGAGUUAGAGGUGAAGUUCUGCACAUGGGAGCGUCCACAGUAGGUCUCUCAGAUUCAGUGCAUGUAGUCAGGGAAGAGACUCCUGCAUGAAAUACCAGCAGCAUUUUCAUGAGUAUUUCCUAUGUAUGUUCUUUACUUUGUUAUUUUGUCAACCCUAUCCCCACGCACCUCUUCUUUCCUUUUAAUAGAUGCCUGUGUAGGGGGGAAAAAAAAAACUUUGCACUUACGUUACACUCCUGAAAUGCCGGGUGUGACCUGUGUGUUUCAAACCCAUUUCCGUUCUUUCUGCAGUCAGUCCAUGGCUUAAGUGACAAGUUCAGGUGCAUGUGGCACGUUUGUACGAAGGGAGAGGAGGUAGAGAAAUACCUGUCUUUCAGGAGCAUCUCAAAGUCAUUAGCAUGUAAGAGAAAGGGAGAAGAGGAAUAGUUGCCAAAGUCCUUUAUUCCAGUCCUUUGUCUUCUUGCAUGACAUCACUGCAUCUGCUAAUUGGCAAGAAAGCACCCUCGGGUUCCCCUUCCCCAGCCGCCAGACUUCUAAUGUGUGCACACCACCGUCAGUAUCCAUCAGAUGACCUAGAUGAGGGGUGUAUAUGGUGUAACUCUUGUCAGUUUAGAAGCAGACUGGAUAAAAUGUCCUUUUCCUUCAUUGUCACUAACAUUGCUCAUUAUCUCAUUCGUGCUGUCACAUGCCCUCCAUGUUAAACAAGAAAAUCAUAUCGCCACUGAUAACUAAGAUGCUAAAUGAUGAUUGCAACUGGCUAAUAAUAAGGUUCUUUUUAUAUAUAAGGGUGUGUGCAUAAUUGGAAUUGACAUGAGAAAUCCAUUUGUAUCCACUUGUGAUAUUGCACAACAACCACAGAUACCUACAGAUUCUACCUACAGAUUCUGUUUUCAUUUCCUCGUGAUCUUUAUCUAUGAUAAUGACCUUUGUAGAUUGGUUAUUUCUGUACUUUGUUUAUCUGUAAUAAACUUUGUAGAUCCUGUGAAA